AAUGCGGCUACUUCCGAGAUAGAUCAGUUUCAAUCAGAGCUUCUCUCAUGGGUUCUAAAUCGUUUAUUCAUAUCUUUUUCACUAGGUCACCUUUGUAGUUACCCAUUUCAAUGAUCCAAGAAUAUCAAGUGCAGAUCUUAGGGAUCUUCUUCUUCAGUCUAUAUCUGUCCUGGUGCAGUACAGGGAAUAUUUAGCUACCUUUGAGAGCAAUGAGGCAGCCAUCCAAAGGAUGCCGAAAGCUUUAUUAUCAGCAUUUGAUAACAGAUCCUGGACAACAGUCACGAACAUACUCUUACGAUUAUGCAAGGGUUCUGGUUUUAGUUUUUCAAAGAAUGGAGAAUCAUCUUCAUCAUCAGUUCUUUUUCAAAGGUUGCUAAGGGAAGCUUGCAUAAGUGAGGAAGGAUUGUUUUCGUCUUUUCUAAACCGACUGUUCAAUACACUAAGCUGGACCAUGACUGAAUUUUCAGUUUCAGUUCGAGAAAUGCAAGAAAAGUACCAGGUAAUAGAGUUUCAGCAAAGGAAAUGUUGUGUCAUAUUUGAUCAUUCAUGUAAUCUUGCAAGGAUUCUGGAGUUCUGCACUCGUGAGAUUCCUCAAGCAUUCCUGUCUGGACCAGACACUAACUUACGAAGGUUAACCGAGUUGGUUGUAUUUAUCCUAAAUCAUAUUACUUCUGCUGCCGAUGCUGAAUUCUUUGACUUGUCCGUUAGACGUCAUAGUCAAUCUCCAGAAAAAAUAAACCGAGGCAUGAUAUUGGCCCCUUUAGUAGGGAUCAUCUUAAAUUUAUUGGAUGCUACAAAUUCUGAAGAAUAUCGAGAAAACAAUGAUCUUUUAGAUGUUUUCGCAAGCAUGGACUGUCCAGAUACUGUUCAGUAUGGAUUCCAAUAUCUUCUGGAUUAUAACUGGGAUGGAUCCUUUCGAGGGGAAGCUUAUGUAGCAAAAUAUGAGCAGCUAGAGAAUUUUCUUAGUCUCCUUACUUGCCGCACCGUAUUACCACAUGAUAAAGUGGAUAGUGUGGGAGAUACAGAUGUUGAUGAUAGGUUGUGCUGCAUAUGUUAUGCAUGUGAAGCAGAUGCUCAAAUUGCACCUUGUUCACACGAGUCUUGUUAUGGCUGUAUAACCAGGCACCUUUUGAACUGCCAAAGAUGUUUCUUUUGCAACGGAACAGUGACAAGUAUUAUCAAAUUUGCUUAGAAAAUGGGUUAGGGAGCUUCUUUUUUGGUUGCUUGGUUCCUGGUGGGAGUCAGCCAGUCAGUAAGUCAUUAUUUGCUUAUUUUGUGAAUUACAUAUAUACAGAAAUGGCUAGUAACUGUAAAGGAAAACAGAAAAGGAAAAAAGGGAGAAGAAAAAUAGAGGGAGCAGGGUGUAAUCGGGUAGGAGUUAAUAGUGUUCUUGAUGAUGGUGUCGCCACAGGCGAAUUAAGAAUUUUGUAGGCUGUUAGAGGGUAUUAUGUUGUAAAUAUGCGAUGUAAAUGAUAGGCAGAUCAUGAUGUUAAACUUUAGUAAAGCAAAAUGGUUAGAUGCAUGGAGAUUAAUUUAUAAAAA